GAAGAAUCCUCGGACCAGGAAGUACGUUGCGAGAUAGUCGGUAUCAAAACAAAUCCAGACUAGCCUGUUGAUUAGUUGAAAAUCAUAAUUCCUGCGAGCUUUUGGAAUCAUAUUCGUCUUGACAUGGAUGAUAUGAUCUUUAAUUUAAGGUUUACUUCCAAAAACCUUGAGAGACUUGCUAAGAAGGCGGAGAAAGAGUCUGAAAAGGAACAGGCCAAGGUUAAGAAGGCCUUGCAACAGAAAAAUGUUGAAGUUGCCAGAGUGUAUGCAGAGAAUGCAAUCCGGAAAAAAAAUGAAGGUCUUAACUGGCUGCGCAUGGCGUCACGAGUGGAUGCGGUUGCCUCUAAAGUCCAGACUGCAGUCACAAUGAAAUCAGUGACUAAAAACAUGGGCCAGGUGACCAAAGCCUUGGACAAAGCUCUGAAGUCCAUGGACCUCCAAAAGAUCUCUGCAGUCAUGGAUAAGUUUGAGACCCAGGUGGAAAAUCUCGAUGUUCACACUUCGGUGAUGGAGGACUCCAUGAGCUCAGCAACCACAUUGACCACGCCUCAGGAUCAGGUGGAUGACUUGAUCCACCAGAUAGCAGAACAGAAUGGGCUGGAGGUCAUGGACCAGCUCAGCCAGCUGCCUGCAGGAGCAACAUCAGUGGGUGCAGAGAGUUCACGGACCCAGGAUAAGGAGGACCAACUGUCUCGACGGUUGGCUGCCCUGCGAAACUGAGACUCCCCCAGGAGAGGUGACGGCCACUCACAGCUGUGUGUAAGCAGACGGGCUUAAUGAUGGCAACACGAGCUGCGUGUGUUUCUAUUGAACUGUUCCUACCGGGAGGACUUAAUGAGCCUAUUGAUUACCAUCCCCCUGCUCUAUAAAUACUCAUCCCGGCCAGAAAUACCACCUGAGAAGGCUUGAAUCUCUCUCCCUGGUUCACCUUCUUAUUUCGAUCCAUCUAUUCCUGUCUCUAUCUUCCCCUCUAAUUCCCCAUUGCAGCUCAUUUUACCCUCCCUCUCCUUCCUUUUUAUCCCUUUUCUCCACCAUUUUUGUACUCUCUGGCUCUUAUAUCAGACACUCAGUACGUUCACAUGCAGAGUAAGGUCAAAUUAUUGUGUUAGUAUGACUAAAGAUGGACUUUAAAAAAGCAAGUUAACAUGUUAGACUGAAACUGUUAUAAACCUGAUUUCUAAAAGUCGAUCUAAUUGAUUAUGUAGUUGGAGAUAGAUUUACUCUUUCAUGUCUAUGCCUCAAUCAUACCAAAACUAGACUAGGUGUUUGGACUUUGACUUAGAAGUUGAUGCACAUAAAUGCUAAGCAUGGCAAGUUGCAUUGUUUUCCGCCUUUGGUUAUCACUAUUAGCUAGACGGAUAAGGUGCAUCACCUUUGCCAAAGGAAAAUUAUAGAAUGUGUUAGAAAUGAACAGAGCUGCAAAAAUGUGUCUCAUGUUUUCAUUCUUUGCCAUACAGCUAGUUUACUGCUUGCUAACUUGUUAGCAAUGUCAACAGGAAAAAGGUACAUAGCUGAAACAGGACAAAUCCACACCUUCUGUAGUGGAAGCAGCCAUGCCACCAUCAGUAAAUCGAUUCUCCAGCUAUGCAUGCAUACUGGGACAAGCCCAGUAGUCCAGUUAAAUUACCUAAUGGAGUUGUACCUCUAGUUUGACUUUUCUAUGCAUGUAAACGUACUGAUUUAUGGAUGUAUGCUAUGUACAAAAAUUAAAACCAGUCUUGAGAACUGUAUAAUGUAGAAUAUUUAAAAUGUAAAAGUUUUAAUAAGCAGUUACAAUGAUUAUAAGGGGCAAGAUGGAUCAAAGAUGUGUCUACAUGUUGUUUCUUUGAUUUUGGGCUCUGUCAAUGUGAAGUGGUUUGAUUGGACGAUUCUGAUGAGAAGGAUUAAUAUGAAAGUAAUUCUAGCCUGAGCAGUUAAGCAAGCUUGUAAUUAAGGCAACGCUGUACACAUGCACUCCUGAAAAAUUCUAGAAAGUUUCAUGCAUGUUUCACAAAUUGAACUCUUGACUUCCGUUCAGUCUUAGUAGGUAAGACAUGAUUUGAAACUUGUAACAGGAAUUGGUUUGAAGGCAUUGAGGACAAUGCAGUGUAUGCACUGUAAUAAUAAUUAUUUGUAGUGUCAGCAUAUGAGCAUUGGGGAGCAUACUUGCCAACAGAAAGCAUAAUGAGGUUUUCUGUGCAUUAAAGUCCCUGUAGAGUGAUUUAAGAAAUCUGUGUUUUAGUUUGUUGUAUGAUAGGUCACUGUGUUAUAAACCACCAGGCCAAAUUUCAGUCAUGAAAAACAUCUUUAAGUUUUUAAAAUUAAGCUUGAAAAUAAUAAAUUAGGCAGUAAAAUCUUCUUUAGGAUGGUGUGGGCGUGUGGGUUGAAAUAGAUGAAUGCACGCCCACUCAUUGAGAAAUACAGUCCUCUCGGAUUAAAAACAAGUCUUUUGAUCAGAGCAGCUGCCUGGCUCUGUGCCACAGCAGAGAGCCAUACAUUGGGGAUUACAUUUACUGUUUUCUGGCACAAAUCUCUCUGUUAUGAUACUUUUAAUGACCCGUAGGACACUGUGGCACAUAGAUUUGGGAAAUUUACCUCACAAUGAACAAAAAUACGGCAUGAAGCUGGCUGUUUAACUUUCAAUGAAGGCAGUGACAUCAGCUAACAACAGAAUGUAUUAAAAUUAACUGCAUGGUAAUUUUAUAUCGUUGUAGCAUUGGUGGGACAGGAUAAUUUAUAGGCUCCUAUAUUUGCCCUGCUCAAGUAGCCAGGAAAGGACAACUUUCUAACAGUCAAAAUCAAAAAAUAUAUUUUCACAUGUAUACAGCAACCAUAUUCCGACAUAUCUUGUGUGUUUAGACAGAAAGAUUGGAUUUCACUUUACAGGGACUAAGAGUUCGACAGCUGCAUGCAAAAACUGCUUGGCAAAUGCCAUCACCCUCUCCCAUUCAGUCUUGCUGAAUUCUACUGAAUAUUUCCAGAAGUGCUCUCACAUAGGCAUAUCCUGACUUCUCAUGAAAAAUGUACUCAAAAACUGGCCUGUCAACUCAAAGUCAAGAUUCUGCAAUUUGUGUUCACACAUGCUGCUUGUACAUUUUCAGGAGUUUUGCGCAUGUGUGACAGCACUUUAAGACACAGAACUUUGGCAUGUUUAUGGCUAACAUCCACACUACUCCAGCCCAAAAACUGCAACCUUUGAGAUGAUUGAUGACCUGUGUUACCAGUGAAGACAUGUCCGUCCUUGAUUUUCACACCCAUGUCAUUUUACCCUUUCUUGGGAAAAAAAAAACCUCCUAAAUUUUCCAGUUAGCCAGACAUGGACAACUAUUAAUAGGCGUUGUUGACCUUUUGGAUAUGCUAGCUGCUGUUGUGCUGUCUUCUUCUACACAAGUGAGCAGGAGGUAGGCAAACAUUUUCUUGACUUCUGUGUCCAGCGUUGUCAUCAGCCCAAAAUGGAGUGCAAGAAACAGUGCCUGUUUUUGCUCCCUCUAUCAUCAUGUGCAUGGCUGCUCAUGUGAUAUGCUCUUUGAACGUGUCUUAGAAUAGUUUGGAGAUGUUGUCGGAGUACUUACUUAGAUGGAGAUCAGCUCGUGUUAAAAUGAAGUUUUAAAAACAAAAACACUGCAGCGUGGAGGUUGCCCAACAGGAUCUACUUCUCUUAUCAGAUUGAUCCAAAUCAAACCUGCUUCGUGUUCGAACACUGUACAACAGAACGGGACAAUCUUCAGAACUUGUGUGUCAAAGUGGCUGUUUUGGUGUUCUUCUUUGUGUUUAUUCAGAUUUGUUGUUGAAUUUUCUGCCUGUAUUCAUUUUAUUUUGCUUUGAAUGCCUUAUUUGGAUUGAAGGUGACUGUAUAGGUGCUUCCUCUUUUCAGUGCCUGAAGGAUUGUAGAUUAGAAAGUGAACAGCAACGAAACCAAACUCCACAGACAUCGAUCAGUCAGUGCAGGCAGGGAAUUUUCCGCUCCUCUUACUGCCAGAUGAACCAGAGAUCUCUUGGUCCCUGUGAUAGCCAGCGUCACUUCAACAACAAUGAUUAGUGGGAGCUUGGGUUACCAUUGCAAUUAUAGGUGGACAUUACCUUUAUCAUAACAUUACACUAUCUUUUUAAGUUUGUAAAGCAUGAAGUUGUUUGAUUGUGUUUUAAUGUUUGAUUUAAGGCGUUGAAGAUUUCCCACAACAACACUGAAACCUCAUGCAGAUAUAUUUUUGGAAAUGUCUCAGUCUCAAAAUAAACAAAUCAUUCUCAAGUG